AUAGAGGAAAUGGAAUCAGCUGACAGGAAGUGAUGUUAGGAGAGGCAAAGGACCCUUGUGUCAUGCUCCUGUGAGUUUGGUCACUGCUGGAAACAAAUGUCUUUUUUAAAGCACGUCUAACAGUGAAAUCGCAAGAAUUCGACUGCCUGAAAAGCAAACAUUUUGUUCUCUGUCGGUAUGCUUCAUUCACGUACACCUCCCACUAGCGAGGUGCUGGCAAAAAAAAAAAAGUAAAUUGAAAAGCUCGUUUCACUGUUUGAGGGUUCUGUGUCAGGACUUCGUUGAAAAGAAGAGGAUGACUCAAGCUUUACUCAUAAGCGAGCACACACACUGCUGAGGAUGGACUUUUGUUGUCAGUCAUCCCUCCUACAACCUAGACCUUUCCUCCGUGCUGCUGAGAAAAAGAGCGAGAGCCUGAGAAUUGAGAGGGAGAGAGAGCGAUGAGGGCGUGCAGUAGCUCAUCUUGGAUGAUAAAUGUGACUACACCGUGAAAUGAAGUGAUCGAUGAGGAUCUUCGUUACCUCUCCUGUGUGUCUCUCAAUGCCGAAUUACAGGUUUACCACUGUUCACAAAGUUACUUCAGUGGAUGGCCCCAGAAGUGGAGGCCAGAUGGAAAUUGGGUCACAUGACCGCCUCCAGGAAGGCGCGCUGAGCCUGGAACUGGCCAAUGGGGUGAAUCAGUACCCUAAUGAUGGUGAGCCAUCUAUAGAAACAGAGCAGCAGUGUGCAGAAAGCGUGCUGCCAAGGCAGUGCUGGGUGCCUGGACAUGGCAAGGUCAGCAACACCCAACAACAGCAAACGUGUGGCGCAACCCCUGCUGAACCCGUACACCAUGCAGACAUGGAGGAUGCUCACAAUCUGGUGGCUUUUUCUGCUAUUGCUGGCUCACUGCCUCAUUCUUCCUCCUCUUCCUGCCACCUCUUGCAGGCUACUACAGCCUAUUUGUAUGAGAAGUUUACCCAGGAAACAGGCGCUGGGAAGGCUCAAGCUAGAAUCUCUGCAGGGGCUCCCGAGGGUAGCUGCCCACCUUCAGAAGACCUGGAGACCUUACAGAAAGCACUGAGCCAAGCAAAACAUGGACACAAGCCUCCCAAUUGUGACUGUGAUGGGCCUGACUGUCCAGACUACCUUGAAUGGCUGGAAAAGAAGAUAAAAUUAGCAACCAAUGAGGAUCAAGGCUCCCACAAACUGGUUGAUACUCCCUCACAUUUACAACCUCGCAUAGAGCAACCCCAUUUGCUGCAUCACUCUCAGACCUACCAACAAGUAAAUGGUGGCCACCGUCUGUCUAUUUCAUGCUCCCAGCAGCAACAGGAAACCCGAGGCCCUCACCCAGAUCAAGUGUCCUGCUCCAAACCACCGAUUCCUUGCUCGCCACAGGUGCUCUCCAUAGCCAAGGAGAAGAACAUCAGUCUUCAGACAGCCAUCGCCAUAGAUGCUCUGACACAGUUAUCUGGUACUAACCCACAAACUGCCUCUUCCCCAGGUCAAACCCCCUACACAAAUAACCUCCAUCACCAUCAACACAACCAAAACACCGCAUCUCAGCCUCUUAAUGGCAUUGGCAUGAUCCCAUCCUCUUCUGGCACCUACUCAUCUUCUUCACGCUCUCAGUCUGUCCCUCCAGGACUACAAACUAGCCAGCAGGCCCUAGAGUCAUGUGAGCACCACAGACCCCAAUCCCAGGGCCAUCCACCCCAUGUUACCCCUGUCCAGUCCUCUACCUCUCCCUUCCCGUGUCAGGGAAAACCACCAGGCUUCAACCCGAAUCCCCAGCAGUGGCAGCAAGCCUCAGGCACAGGAUCUGAACACAGAAAUCCAUGGAUGUGUGUGAAGUCUGAGCCUCAGUCUCACCUUGCCACUGCACCUCAUAGUAGCUCAGACCCCAUGUCAGAGCUCAAACAGCUGCUUGGUGACACAAGUAGCAAGUUUAGCAAAAUUCCUUUUAAGCUUCCAGCUUCGCAACAACUUAGCUUGAACCAGAAUGGGACUGUCCAGGCCCAGGAUAACCCGGCAUUGGUCAGGAUAAAACAAGAGUCAGACUCUGCUGACCACUAUCAUCACCCUGCCUCCAUGGGACAUUAUGGUAUGGCUAAUGGUCAGCACCAGGGUCAGCACUACCCUGGCACUCCCAUCUCUCCUGGCCAAGCAGCCAUUAGCCACUCCACUCAGGCAGCUCUACAACAGCACCUUCACUACAAGAGGAAUCUUUUCUCAAACCACCCCUCUGGCUUUGGAGGCGUUGGCCCACGUGGGCCUCUGGCUUGCCAAAAUUUGAAAAAAUGGUGGCCACAGAUGGAUGCAGAAGCCCUGUCACAUCUGGCCAUCAAACAGGAACCCAAGAGGAAAAAAAUCAGCCAAGGAUCUCCUGGUCUUAAAGCUAUGACUGAGACGUUUUUGGGUCCUCCCCUCCCCAAACCCAAACAGAUAAUCAUCAAGAAGCCCAAACAGAAAGCCUCCAUGCCAACCUUUCUGCCUCAGACUCAGAUCAGCAUACAGAAACCACCGGUCCACAUGAUGGACAGAUCCGCACCCCUGGCCAAACUGCAACUAGGUCCACUCGACCAACUUCCCCUCCACAGUAACUUCACUCAGGCUGCUGCUGCUGCAGGCCUCCCUGCCCCAGCCCAAUCUCAGGUAUCCAUUUUCAAUUCCUCAAUGACACCCACUUCCACUGUUUCUGUUCCAUCAGAAAACACUCCAGCCCAGCUGGGCCCUAUACUCCCACCUGUGGGCCUUGCAGCUCACAAUAAGUCAGAAGAGAUGGGCAGCCUGGCCUCCAGUAAUACCAGCACCAUGACACCUAUGACCUCCACAUCCUCACCCAGCACCUCAAAUGUACCAAGCGUCUUUAACUUGGACCCGAAGUACGAAGAGUUGAUCCGCCAGUUUGAGGCUGAAUUUGGGGACUCAGUUCCAGACAUAUCUGCCAGUCAGCCCGUGGAGGAGACUGCCACAGCCCCAAAGUCAGGGAAUGAAUCCCUGAGCAGUCCUCAGGACCUCAGUCCUGCAUCAUCAUCCACCUCCCAGCCACUUCCCUUAAUUUCCACAAGUCAACCCACCCCCACACCUCAUCGAGAUCAUCAGAUGGGAAUGAGCAAAGAUGAGUCCAGGACCCAAAGUGAGGCAUCCUUGAGCCAGGCAUCUACAGAACGCCCUAUGGAGAUGCAGCACAGGGAGUCUGUUCAAGUUCCUCUGAAACAGGAAGAUAUAGUGGAGAGGCAGCAGCAGUCCAGAGUGGUGCAGGAUACUUUUAGCAUGCCAGCUUCUCCGCUGUCAAAACGAAUGAAAAUUGAAUCCUCGGGUGAUAUAACAGUAUUGUCCACCACCUGCUUUUCUGAGGAGGACACACCAACUAAGGAAGGUGUGCCCUCUUCUCCAUCUCUCAAAGGCUUCCUGGACUCUCCUUUACGCUAUCUUGACACACCCACUAAGAGCUUGCUAAGUACUCCUUCCAAGGAUCUUCAGGCAGAGUUUCCCACCUGCACCUGCGUGGAGCACAUAAUUGAAAAAGAUGAAGGGCCCUACUACAAUCACUUGGGAUCUGGACCUACUGUAACUUCCAUACGAACCCUGAUGGAGACAAGGUUUGGAGAGAAGGGGGAAGCCAUCCGGAUUGAGAAGGUGGUUUACACAGGCAAAGAGGGAAAGAGUUCCCACGGAUGUCCUAUUGCUAAGUGGGUGAUCCGUAGAGGCAGCGAGAAAGAGAAGCUGCUGUGUCUGGUGAGGCAACGUGCAGGCCAUCGCUGUGACAAUGCUGUCAUCAUCGUCGUCAUUAUAGCCUGGGAAGGUGUACCGAGGGCCCUGGCUGACCAACUGUACAGAGAGGUCACAGACACGCUCACCAAACAUGGCAACCCCACCAGCCGACGCUGUGGCCUCAAUGAAGACCGUACUUGUGCCUGUCAAGGCAAGGAUCCUGAAACUUGUGGUGCUUCCUUCUCUUUUGGUUGCUCAUGGAGUAUGUACUUUAACGGCUGCAAGUACGCACGAAGCAAAAUGCCGCGAAAGUUCAGGUUACAGGGAGAACACCCUGAAGAGGAGGGAAAACUCAGGGAUAACUUCCAGCAUCUGGCAACUGAGGUGGCUCCUGUGUACAAGCAACUAGCACCACAAGCCUACAGUAACCAGUGCCAGACAGAGUCCAAAGCUCCUGAAUGCAGGCUGGGCUUGAAGGAAGGCCGUCCAUUCUCUGGAAUCACUGCUUGCAUGGACUUUUGUGCUCACGCUCAUAAGGACCAGCACAACCUGUACAAUGGAUGCACAGUGGUGUGUACUUUGACAAAGGAGGACAACCGAACAGUGGGAGAAAUCCCAGAGGACGAGCAGCUCCACGUGUUGCCUCUUUACACGUUAUCCCCGACAGAUGAGUUUGGCAGCGAGGAGGCCCAGAACCGCAAGAUGGACACAGGAGCUAUCCAGGUGCUUAACGCUUUCCGCCGUGAGGUGCGCAAGUUGCCCGAACCUGCCAAAUCAUGCCGACAGCGCCGACUAGAGGCAAAGAAGGCUGCCUCAGAGAAGAAGAAAAAUAAACUCAUCCAGCAAGCAGGAGAGACGCCGGAGAAGACGGGGAUCAAAGCCGAGGUCUGCAUUAGCAGUUCCCCUCAACCCCAAGGCAAUAAAGCAAUGAUAAAACAAGAGGUGAAGCCCAACAUCAAAAAGGAACCCUUAAACGGAUCGAUGGAUGGAUAUUCUGUGCAAGCAGUAGACCCAGUAAAUCCCAUGUAUACAAACCCCAUCUUCUAUGCAAGGGGAGGCCUCCCCACAACUGGCCAGCCCUCUGCACCUGAUACAGUAAAUGGUUUCCACACCAGUUUGCCCCCAAUGGAUUAUGCCUACUACAGGUGCUCACCCAAUACACUUUUCCCCCCUGUACUGAGGACCUACGAGGGUCGAAAUGGCUCUUCGCCCAGAGCUGGCUGUAAAGCUGUCCAGGUAGAUCAGAAGCCUGACAUUCAAAACUUUCAGUCCAGGGUGGCCCUUUCCUGCUCCAGCCAAGCAGAGCAAACCAACCAACCAAAUCACACGACUUACACCCAGGCCCCAGUUUAUAGCCAAUCCCGUCCUUCCUCUGCCUCCUCUGAGUCCUCCAACAGAGGCACGCCGGUCAUCAAACAGGAGCCUAUGGAUGUGCCGGUCUAUGAAGGCACGCUUCCGAACCAGGUCGGAGCCAACACAUCAAGAAGCCCCCCGCAACCUGUGACCUGGCCUGGGCACAAGCUUAAUGGAAGUUUUAUUCCCACCACUUGGGAUGCCCAUCAGAAGCAUAAACAAAGUUCCGAGGCCUCAUCGGAGAAACAGCAGCAGUUUCACCAGCAUCUCCAGCAGCGGCAGACCUCUCCUUACCCGCAGCAGUGGUCACCCUUCCUUGGCUUAAACACUAUGAGGGCUUCCCCUGCCCCAUCACCGUCACUCCAGGUACCUCCCUCUCUAUCUCCAUCCCCUCAGCUAGGCACAGUGGUCCAAGGUAACAUACAUCAAUCUUCCCCACGCCCUGGCACCCCACGCCCAAGCACCCCUCACCCAGUAACCCCACAGCCCGGUGUCUCUCACGCAGGCCCACUUACACCACGGCCAAGUACCCCACAUCCAGGCACCCCCAGGCACUGGGCGAGCCCCGUUGCUAGCCCACAGCCGCAAACAUGGGGCAUGGGGCCUUAUAGCCCUGGUAUGAAGCACAGCAAUCCUGCAGGGGCCUAUCCCGACAAGAUCUGGUCCAAGACUGGAGAAAGUCGGUGUUCCACUCCGGUUGGGCCCCAGGAAAAGGCCUGGAAGUCUUUUGGAGGUUCUGUGGCAAGUAACACCCCUUCCCCUGCUCCAGAGGGUCGCCUCUUCCCCGAUGCCCUGCAGCAAUCAGAUCAGGCCUGCUACACGCCCAGCCGAGCAGAGAGCGACGCCGAGAGCACCAAGAAUUGCGAAGAGGACGAGGAUGAGAUCUGGUCUGAUAGUGAGCACAACUUCCUGGACCCUUACAUAGGCGGGGUAGCAGUGGCACCAGCCCACGGCUCCAUCCUAAUCGAAUGUGCUCGUCGGGAACUACAUGCUACCACUCCACUCAAAAAGCCUGACCGCUCCCACCCCUCCCGCAUCUCCCUGGUCUUCUACCAGCACAAGAACCUCAACCAGCCCAUGCAUGGCCUGGCUCUUUGGGAGGCCAAAAUGAAGCUGCUGGCAGAGCGAGCACUGCAGAGGCAGCAGGAAGCGGCUCUCCUUGGCCUCUCCCAGGAGGAUAUCAAGGCACUCGGGAAGAAACGCAAAUGGGGCGCUACGGCGGCAGGCGCUAGUCCAGGACCUGGACAAUCUAAAGACAAGAAGGAGGGGCCGGUGACGCGGUUAUGCCCCUCGUUCUACACCACCUCUACGGUUACUGUGUCUCCCUAUGCCUCCACCGUCGUCACUGGGCCCUACAGCCACUUUGUGUGAGGACACAUAGACACAGAGUGACUGAUAGCUACAGAGUGGUGCAGUGGAGGGCUGGAGAGAGAGCACUGAGCAGAAUCAAUGUCUCUCAGCCGUCCCGCAGUCUGGCAUCCCUCCAUCCUGCCUCCCUCUACAGUCCACUUGGAGGAGGGGGACAUUUUUAUUGUUUUUUACCUCAUGUCAGGCAGUGGUUUGGGCUUCAGACACACUGCCUGUGGUGCUCUUCCUCUCUUUUCCCCGGAGAGGAACUCCAUUGCUUUUUCUUGUUUAUAGAAUUUUAAUGAUUCUAAUUAUUGCUAUUAUUAUCAAUAUUAUUAUGAUUGUUACUGUCAAUGUUGUUAUUACAGGUAUUAUUAUGAUGAAGACUUUUUUUUUUUUAAUUAUUGCUCUUUUCAUUAAUGUUAUUAUUAAUAAGGUGACCUGUUUUGUUUUGGUUUUAUAUUUUUGUUAAAUCAAUCAGUCUGAGUUUGACAGACUUGGACACUUGCUUUUUCCAUGUUUGGAAAACAUGCACCCUUCCCCCCCAUUUGACUUUGUUCUUAUCAAUCUUAAAGCUGUACUUAGAUGAGGAGGAGCCAUUAUCUCCCUGAUACGGCAGAAAAAUCAACAAUAUAGUAACCACAAUCAUUUCUUUUAGUUUAUAAAGCCAUUUCUGGGCCUUUUUAAAGAGUAAUCAUAAUAAUCACCAUUAUGAAGAUCCUGAUCAAAAGCUUUGAUUUUUAAUGAAUCAGUACCAGCAUCACCACUGUCAAAUACGCCACUGAGAGUAUGUUUUUUUUCAUUAUAGCAAACAACCAUCUACACAAAUAUUACAAAAGAUAAGAGUAAGGAGGGAAAUCACCAAAGCCCUUUUGCUCCAGGCACCUAGAAAAAGCGCAGCGAUUGGUUUCAAGUGUCACGCUGAAGGAAGAAAAUAGUCCCCGGGCUCAGAAUAACUCUUAACCAUUACUGCGAGAAACCUUCGCAGCUUGCCUUGUCGUGAUGAUGAGAUGAUGCGCUCCUCCUACUCUCCCUUCUAGCUUCUGACUGGUGCUCAGCUUCUUGCUCUGAUCGAUUUCCAUUCCGCUACUCUCCAUGGCACUCGAUGCUGUAUUUAGGUGCUCUAACUCAAAUUCAGCUCAAGUAGUAUUUGCAACUAAAACGUUUGUGUUUCGGCCCAGGUGGGAUACCAGAACACUGGGAUUUACUGCUUUUAACACAAAGGUGCAGAACUGCAGGUGCUAGGGAAAAGUCCUAACGAGUUAUCUCACAGAAGCUUUCCUGUGCUCUGUGCGGAGAACUGAAGUUCUCAUACCCGGUGCUCCACAGAGGCCAAAACAAGCGAUACUACUUGUGCAAGCCAUUUAACCCAGAUCUGCUAUUCCCACAGGUGGCACUCUUUUAUCUUCCUAUAACAUUCAAGUAGGAGUGAGCACUUCCCAGUGUAAACUCUAGAGGGCAGCGUCGACUGCUGUUUCAAAGUGGUGUGUACAAACAAACCUAUAAGCACUUGGGAUUCAUUUAGAUGGCAGCCUUGUCUCAUUGUUGCUUUAACCAUCCAUGGCCACUAGAGGGGGCUCUCCACCCUGCUCGCUGACCAUAGAUUGGACUUGAUAAAACAGCUGGAGACAAAGCUGACAUUACAAAUGUGCCACAGAUGUGAACCGGAAACCCAUCGUGGGUUAGAGCAGCAGGAAACAGUGUUGGGACAGCAGUGCUUUUGGUGCUCACACACACACUCUGGUGCUCUCCUAUUACACUUGAUUUACUGUGAAGGGCCCACUCCUUUCUCUGCAUGGUGCUGUCAUCUUUGAGCAGAGCGAGGCGUGUCCUUCCGCAGGCACCUUGUCACCGCAGAGCCAGCCAAUCAAAGUGGCCACCGUGUGGUUCAGCUCCACACUGGGCUCAAAAACUGGUUUCCUUUAGAGGAGUUUUUAUUUUAUUUUAUUUUUUGCAGUUUGUUGUGGCAUGUAGUGAUUUUUGUCUCAAACAAAAAGAAAAGUACACUGUACAGGGCAGAGAAAGCACAGUCAUUCACUGCAUUUCUUGGUAACCCAUUUAGCAGUGCUUUUCACAGAGAAAACAGUACUGAGAGAUAAAAGGGAAACCGUAGAAAAUUUCUGUAGCUUCCAGGGUUUGGCGCCGAACGUGAGCGCAACAGAUCGAUGAAUCUCUCACUUUGCGUGCGUGCGUGUCUGAAAAGAGCCAAAGAGAGAGACUAUUUGAUAGCCUGGUGAGAGUCCUGUUUUUAUUUUCCUUUGUGGUCACAUGGUUCACCUGCAACAUGUGUCAGAAAUGAAAAUGAGAGACUGCUGAUGCAAGCCGACUCCCAGCUGCUGGGCGGUCGUUUGGGCCAAGGCCCUGGUCAUCUGUGAAAGACCCUGUUACCUCUCCCGAUUUUCUCCAGCUCUCUACCUCACGCUGUAGAGACACUGGUCACAAUCACGACUUGCUACUGAGGGCAGAGAAUCAUGCAUGUCCCUUUGUGUGCUCUAGAUCUCCACACUCAUUUUAACCUGCUUUUUUUUUUUUUUUGACUCUUAUUUAUUACUACAUGGUGAUAAUGAUAAUGAUUGUCUUUGAUGUUAUUGUUUUUUUUUCAUCAUUUUUUAUAUAGCUAAUACAAAUUGUACAUAAAGAAGAAAAGAUUUAUAAAAGCACUUUUAAUCUUGAUUUUAAUGACACAGAAAGAGCCGAUUAUUGACAACUUGAAGCUUUUUUUUUUUAAUUUCCUCAAGAGAGAGAUAAAAAAUGUAAAUAUCAAACUAUUUAGGUAAGAUUAUUUAACUUGUGAGGAAAGUAACAAAACCACGAAUGACAUGGGGGUAUUUUUGAAGUCUCUGACAGCCCUGAACAUCAGUAAACAACACUUGGCCCCAAUGUGUUGUGUGCAAAUCUGUGCUUAGUCACUCUGCUGUUUUUGCUUUCCUAAUACUGUACCCCCUGUCGGCAUGCGACUGACAGAGCCCCAGAAAUUUCUGAAAACGAUUUAGUCAGCCCAAUUCUGUAACAUGAAACCACACUCAGCUGACUCACUGGCAACAGUAAAGUGAAAAUAAGAGAUCCCCCGUGUUGCAGUUGUGCUAAUGUAUGAAUUUAGAGUUUUAGCUUGAUAGCGUUCAGUUGUUAUUUUCAAUUUUGUUGACAUUGUCAAACUCUGUGACAGAUUCAUGACAGCAUCGUAUUUUAAAAAACCCCCAAACAAACGCCAAAAUCGGAAUAAUGUGAUUCCCACAUUCCCACGAGCGUGAUAAGAGUUACCUCUUGGCUAGUUUACUAGCUUGACUUAAGCAGCUGAUUAGCUUAGCUUAGCUUAGCAGAGUGGCUGAAAACAUGGGGAAACAGCUAGCCUAACUAAAAUCGAACUGCCGGCACUUUAAACCUCUUUAACACACGUUAAGUAAGGUUUGUCAACACCAUUGUCACAUUGGUUUUACAGGGGGUUACAUCCCAGGCUAACAAGACCACCAGCAGAUAUUUCAUAAAAAAAUAAAAAAGAAUCACUGCUUCCAGCCUGGAAACCGUCUGGUACAAAGUCCUCUGAAAAGAAAAAAAAAUAACAAAAAGGAAACAGGGAAAACAGAGUGAGCUUUAAAGAUGCUGGCGGGCAGAUUUUGUCACCUAUGUUGCUUCCUGUGUGCCCGGUCUUUAUGCUGAUCUCAGCUGUCUGAUAGCUGCGGCUUCAUAUUUAUCGUACAGACGUUAGAACAGUGCAGAGUUUUUCUUCUGAGUGUCAACAGGAGAGAGAAUGGGAAGUUUUUCAGUGAUGAACUA